GAUAUAAAAGCAACUCUAAUCACAAGCCCUAAUUUUUCAUUUCGUCGUGCGUCGGAGAUCCGGAGACUCAUUGAACAGGUAAUGGCUCCAAAACAGCCGAAUACAGGCCUCUUUGUUGGGCUCAACAAGGGCCACAUAGUCACCAAGAAGGAGUUGGCCCCGCGGCCCUCUGAUCGUAAGGGAAAAGCAAGUAAAAGGGUUCUCUUCGUCCGGAGCUUGAUCCGGGAAGUUGCUGGUUUUGCUCCAUAUGAGAAGAGAAUCACUGAGCUUCUAAAAGUUGGAAAGGACAAGCGAGCUCUGAAGGUAGCCAAGCGAAAGCUCGGAACUCACAAGAGAGCUAAGAAGAAGAGAGAAGAGAUGUCCAACGUCCUAAGAAAGAUGAGGGCCGGUGGAGGUGGUGAGAAGAAGAAGUGAGAACGACACUUCAUUCUCAUUCAAAGUCUUAAUUUUUGGCUACUAUUUCUUGUUUGUUUUGCCGUUGAAUUCUUUAGAGACCGUGAUUUUGGUGGCAGUGAAUUUCAGUUUUUUGUGAUAUCUUUGAACUUGCUUUACUAACGCCCAAAUUUGUUAUGGCCCCGUUUGUUUCAAUGAUGCAUUAUAUGCCUUGGUGAAUUAAUACAACAGCCGGUCUUGUUGUUUUGA